CUAAAAGUAAUGUGGAGCCUAUUUGCGACGCGCAGGCUGACAGAAAUGACGCGAACACGAAUGGAGGAAAAACAGGUUUGAGAAACAGGGGGGGGAAAAAGGAGGGGAUUAGUAAAUUAUUAUCUGAGAGCACGGCGCAGUCUCGCUGCUCAACGUGGCUGAGGCUGAUAAACGACGAGCGUCUAUGAAUGUUUUUUUUUUACUUUGUGUUAACGCCUACAAGGACACAGGAGCGCAGGCGAGACCGAGCAGGUUGGGGAGGUAGAAGAGGGGGGAGGUUGAGGAUUUAAACAGUUUUUCUUUUUUAAACUGAAUCCAAGCGACGUAAUCCAGGGAAACAUUUGGAUAUCAUGGCUUGACCAGAGGAGACUCGUCACCAGCCUCCGCCGACAAGCUGCAGUGAGAAAUAAAGGCCUCCUCUCUCUCUCUCUCUUGCUCUCUCUCUCUCUCUGUCCGUCUCCUUCCGCAGAUGGAGCUCGGAGCUCUUUAAUCCAGCCACAGAGCUCUCUGACAGGCAGCGGAGAGCCACACAGACGGGACGCUUUAUUCGCACUUGGAGGAAUUUAUGGGAUCACAAGUUUCCUCUGAUGAGAUGAGUGUGCGUGCUGGCCAGGGCAGUGAUGAGGUGCUGGUUUCUCAGGCAGUCUGGGAUUACCUGGCUGCAACUGGGCGGCCCUGGCUCAUUGACUUCCAGCGCAAGCAGGGGAUGAGCGCCCGCAUCAUUAGGCGAGGAGAGAGGGGGGGCUGCUGUGCUGUGAAGCUACAGCCGGUGGAAAGCUCGAGGAGCGGCAGACCCGGGGUGACGGAUGGACCCAUCUCUAGCGAGACCCGUAAAGCCUUCAUUGACUUAUGCCGAUGUGCCCGCAAAGAAAUGAGCAAACAGGAAGGAGGACCCAAGCGGAAGAGGGCCCUGCUGCCUUGUGUGGGAGCCAUGGAGCAGAACGGCGAGGGGAGCCUGCUUCAGGCUCCACCUUCUCAGCCCCGGCGCUCUCAAAGACAGCAGCAGAGGUUCAGGAAGCCUGCUGAUGAGGAGGUGUGCGCCAUGCUCCAUGAGGCCUCCCUAAGGAAAGACAUGGACUCCAGCAUGGGUUCCCACAGUGACGCAGAGGAUAGUAACACUUGCUCAAUUUGCAUGGGCGACAUAGUGGAGAGGACCACCCUGGAGAAAUGCGGCCAUUCAUUCUGCCGCUCAUGUCUGGAACAAGCCUUUAAGGUGAAGAAAGCUUGCCCCGUGUGCAGACUGGUGUACGGCCAGCUGGUUGGGAACCAGCCCACCAACGGAUCAAUGAUCGUGGAGCGGGAGCCAGAUCUGGAGCUUUCUGGCCAUGAAGGCUAUGGGUGUAUCUGCAUCAUCUACAGCUUCCCUCCUGGAAUACAGACACUUGAUCACCCAAACCCUGGUGUUCGAUACCCAGGAACAGACCGUGUGGCCUACCUCCCUGACAGCCCUGAAGGGAACCGUGUGCUGGGCCUGCUGCGUCGGGCCUUCGAACAGCGCCUUAUCUUCACCAUUGGUACCUCCAUGACCUCGGGCCUGCAAAAUGUCAUCACCUGGAACGACAUUCACCACAAGACAUCUAUAUUUGGCGGCCCGCGCUGUUUUGGUUACCCAGACCCCACAUACUUGGUGCGAGUGACGGAGGAGCUCAGAGAAAAAGGCAUCACCGCGGACUGAUCACAUGAGACUUCCAGGACUUUGGACUUUUCCUUGGACAUGUUCCUCACUGUGGAUAUGACCAAGCUGCAGGUUUUGCUCUGUGACUGCCCGUCACCUAUAAGAUUGCUGAAGAUAAAAACAAAAAACCCACCUCAUCAGACAGGCGUCUAUUGCUGCAGAAUCCAUAUUUCCUCCACUGGCUGUUCUACUUUGAUAUUUUUUCCUGAGAGUGCGGUUUAUUCAGUGCUACAUGUGGAAGAAAAUGCCGUAAAUGUCACUGCUGGCACCAAGCCUCACUUCUAAUGCACUUAUUUAGGAGCGUGUCAGAGUUGAUGGUAUAACAUAUGAUUUAGAUCACUUAUGUUUUGUGAUUUAUAGACAAUUUACGUUUCAUCAAAGUUUAUUUUCCCCCCAUGUGGGAGUACUUUUGUCCUAUAAGCACAUGUUUGGUUGUAUCUCCCUGAAAUGUAUGUUGAACAAGUUUGAUUGUUAUUAAUUACUUGUAAUGAUUGUACUUGGUUCAUAUAGCAGAAAAGCACUGCUUCAAGCAACAGAUUUAAAUUUCUGAUGUUAUUGCAAUCUUAAGCACUCACAGGCACUUUGGUCUUUUUUUUUUUUUGGUGUGUGUGUGAAGUCGAAGUAAUGGAGAUGUGCUGUCUCUAAAUGAAGGACGCUUAAGACAAACAGGUUUAUGCAGCCGUCAGCUAUUAGCUGGCAAUACGUUCACAUCAGUUGCUUCAAAAAGAUGGUGGGUGACCUUUAUCUCGGGACAUACUUUGUAUUUAAAAUAAGAGGAAUGUUAAAUGAUGUCUCAUUGCAGCACCUUUUAGCAUGCAUUGGAACUUCCCGCUGUUUUUUUUUUUUUUUCCCCCGUCUUCACUCAUGUUCUUUCCAAGAUGUCUCCCAGGCCAGGCGUUCAGCCCGUUACCUCACUUCGUUAGGAACACACUCUUCUGAAUUAGCAGAUUUAUUAAGAUGUCAAAUUUGAAGGGCAUACAGAUCACUUGAACCAAAUCAAAGGCACAAAAGCUCUUUAAAUAUCUAUGCUUCAGUCCCUUUUAAACUAGUAGAUUUGCCUAUUCAAUAGUUUUAUUCAAAAUUAGCUGUUGUAAAUCUAUCAAUGUGUAACCAACAAUGACUUUAGUGAUUGAUUUGACUGGAGGCGAGUCACAGAUCUCAUUUUGUUGUGCCUUCCUCUGAUUCCUUUUUUAAUUAAAAAAAAUAAUCAGCAGUGAUGUCUUUUGGCGAAUGUUGAACAGUUUGAGUGCAUUUUAAGUGCUGUUUAAAUGUAAAGAAGCUUCUGGCUUAAGCUUUUAGGCAAAAACACCACAGUCCAUCAAAAUGUAAAUGCUAAUCUGGUCCAAAAAAAUCCCCCUCUUCUCUCCAAAACUUUUGCCUAAACUAAACACAGAAAUAGACCCUAGCCUUUAAGUGUGAAUGUGCUUCGUGAAGUCCAGCAGCCUUUUAUGGCCGAAACUGAUGGUUUAAAUUGUCGUUUCCACACGUCAAAUGCUUUUAUUAUGUUUUUGCCAUCUUUGUAUUUUAGUUAAGGGACCAAUCGAGAAAUUUUUGGGACACAGGAUUGAAUUUUAUCAAAGCUACUGUGCAAACCUUUCUAUGCAUAAUGUAACUGAAGAAGGGGACAAGGGAAGAGGUAGAUGGCUGGAUUCCACGUCGCAAAUCGAAUGUUAAAGAAAAAAAAAAUCAGUUCUGCUUUUCUAAUUGUGUUAAUUUGUACUUUAAUAUUCAGAAUUAUGUGCGCCACAUUUUAAUACUUGAAUAAAAAGUUUUGUUUGGGUUUGUCCAGGAUGUUCAGUGUGGGUCCUAAAUAAACAGUAUGUUGUGUGCU